AAUAGAAUGAUAAAUUUGAACCUCCAUUAAUCAAGGAUUUGCACAUCUUAUGCCAAGUUAGCUCAAACUUGGCUUGAAAGCCAUCACAAAAUGAUCUAGAAAUAAACCAAGAGAAGCUGAUUUUCCUUAUGAACGUCAACCAUCUUCUUUAUAUUUUUGGAUGUAAAAAUUAAUUGAGACUUGGUUAUAAUUGGAUUAAUAAUUCCAUUGUUAUUAAUUCACAAGCAUUUAUAAAAUCACAUUGAAAAUCAAACACUCAAAGGACAGAUAACAGAUUUUCUGAUAAACUAGAUUUCCCUUCCAACCAUGCUUUCAUUCCCUGCGUCACUAAGACAAACAGAAAUGAAUGGGAACCAGACCUGGUACGGUAAAUCUAUAAUAAGCUCGUAAUAUAAACGCAGCCAAAAGCGUCCUUUGUAAGCGCUAAAUCAUGAAAGAUGAAACAUUGAUUCCUUAAAAACGUGUCGCCUGUUUGUCUUCUGACAGCCCAUCUCCUUUUUCCAGAAACUCUUCAAGCAAACCAACAUCACAAAGUCUAACCCAACCCAACUCCAGAAUUCUCAUACUUUUUUCUCCAGUCAACGCCUAAGAAAAAGAAAAAAAAAAUCAAUGGAAACUACCCUUUUCUUCCCAAUCCCAAAUCUCCCUUUGUUUUUCUCUGUGUUUUUUACCACAUAUUUAAUUGCUUACUUCAUUGUUUUCCGUAGCUGGAGUUCCAAGAUCCGCCCUGAGGCUUCUUCUUGCUUAAUGUCUCUUUUCCAUGGUACCCCAGCUGUUUUCUUAGCCACUUUUGCAAUCUUUUCAGACCAAAACCGUGGCUUUUCUUCAUCAAACACAAAAACCCAGAAUUUAGUUUUGGAUUAUAGCAUUGCUUAUUUUCUUGCAGAUCUCCUUCACUACAUUAUUUUCAUCCCUUCAGACAUCCUUUUCAUUGGCCAUCAUUUGGCUACUCUCUUUGUUUUCAUCACCUGCCGCUACGUUGUCUUCCAUGGCGCGUAUGCUAUACUCUCUCUUUUGAUUUUAGCUGAAAUUACCAGCUUUUGCCAGAAUGUUUGGACUUUGGCAACUGUUAGGAGGAACGAUGAUGAGUUGGCUGCAAAGGUCUAUGCCUCUUUGUCUCCCUAUUUUUAUGCCUUUUAUAGUGUUGCUAGAGGGAUUUUUGGUGUUUUUUUCGUGUACCAGAUGGGAGUGUUUUAUAUAAGUGGGAGAGCUGAUAAAGUGAUUCCCAGAUGGAUUUGGAUUUCUUGGAUGUUUGUUGUUGUUACAGCUAUUGGUGUUAGUAUGCUGUGGAUUUCUAAUUUGUGGAUUGAGUUGUUUAAAGAGAAAAAGUCUAAAUUGGAGAAGAUAUUAUGAUAAUGGUGAUCUUUUGAGAGAGGUAAAGGGGGAGGGGGGGAUUUAAUUUUAUAUUUCUUGUUCUGUAUAACAAUCAAGGUCAAGAAUUAGAAUAACAGACGGGAUGAGGAAUAUGAUGAUGUGUAACAUACGCUUAAAGUUUGUGUCUUUGAUGAACUCUUGAGAUGAAAUGACUACUUUUAGAACAAUUUUUUUGGUUUUCCUCAUUGAAUACUUUUGCACUUGAAUGCAUGCUUUUAUAGUUUGUCAAUGCCACAAAUUAUUUGAAAAUGCAACUCUAUUAUGAAGGAAAUGAGUGCUUUAGGAGUUAUAUUGGUUCUCUUUGAUUGAUUCUUUUGCAUUUAAAUGCAUGCUUUUGUAGUUUCUUCUGCAAAAUUGCACCAUAAACAUCUAGUUGGAGAUGUCCUCUCAUUGUAUCUGUUUGAGCAUUAGGCUACUACUUGGGCAUAGUAGAUCACCACCUAAAGUUUAUUGUUUAGUUUUAAUUACCGUUGUUGUUUGUCUUUGAUGUUUUCAAGGUUCUGGUUUGUUUUGGCUAUCUGAAGAGCAAACAAAAACCUCUGAUCUCAACCAACUAAAGGAUAAACUGUUUGUGGUCUCCUGUCUUGUUGGAAUAGUCCAACCAGAAGAUAUAUUUUUCUGUACAAGUGGAAUCUGCUCUUAAUUUAUGCUCAUUAGUCUACUAUUGUCUGUUUGGUUGAGUUAGCUCAUACAAUUCACAGGAAAUGUUUCCCCAAUUUAUACUAAUUAAAUGUGUCUGUCUGUCAAUUUCUUAUGUUUGUUUAAAUGACAUAAAUGGUGCAUAAGUCUCAAAUGUCUUCUUUCAGUUUUGUCAUUUCUUUGCUGGCUGGUUAACAUUGCUUUAAUUUCCAACAUGUUCUAUCUUUGCUCCUAUUAUGGUUAAGAACUUUUGCAAUUCAUAACCAAUUUGAAGGAACUCAACCAAAUAUCUAUAGCUUUGGCUUGAUCCCUUAAAUAGUUACUAAGAAUUAAAUUCAAUGGAACAAGUUUUAGGUGAGAAUGAUGGCUAUGAUGUAAUAAGAUUCGGCACUGCCGGUUGACAGACAGCCUAUUCUUGUAGGUAGUUUCCAAUGUCCAAAACUCCGGUUUAGCCACCAUUUCCUCUAGAAUGUAGACAUUGACUUGCAUCUGGAAACAUAGCAAUGACAGCUAGUGAUAUGUUGAUAUUAUUGUUACUUUGACAUCUGUUUCUCUGAUAAAUACAAGGAUAUAGCAGUGGAUCCCUGGUGAAUAAAAUUGUCACACUUUAAUUGGUUUGCCAUUGGAUUCAAAGAUGGUUUUGCUGGAAUGUACAAGAGAUUGUGUGAAUGAUGAUACCAAAAAGUGAGCAUACCAGUUUCAGAAUAAAUUUUCAGUUCCCAGAUGUAGCCAAUGUCAAUGACACCAUUACUUAUGAACGUUUUUACAGUUAUCUGAAAACUGUUGUCCAGAAGCAAGUCUCCUGCUGGGAAAAUUUGUUCUUAAAAUAGAAUCUUUUCAUACCAACAUUGGACAACC